AGUUUGGUUUUUUGGAAAGUUGCGUGCCGAGUUGGUGGAAAUGUGGCUGGGACACAGGGUAGCAAUUCUCAGUCUAGCUGAGGGGCCAGAGAUUAACAGCCAGCAGCCAGAAAAAGCCACUACAUCCUGCAAACUGAAGUGGUUUCUGGCAUUAGGAAUUCCUGUCCCACAUUCCAUCCCCAAACUCAGUUCUCUGAGUGCCAGGCAGAAGAAUACAAACUAAUUAUAAUCCUUAGUGGGCCCUCAGAACCUUUAAUUUUAGAAUAAGGCUUCACUUCUAGAAGAGACCAUCACUUUAGGAGUGGAUGAUUACACAUAUUGGGGCCUCCAAGAAGACCAGGGCAUGGAAUCUCAGUAGCCUGGUGUUUAGAGAAAAUGUCACCAUGACUGCCCAUCAUUUCCAGCUCAGUUAAGGUUUCUACCGCUUUUGAGACUUCAGCAGUGAAAAAUGGCGGAUUGAAUAGGCGCCUGUGCUGUCCUCCCCCUAAGAUUCACCUGAAUUCUCUGCCCUCUUGGGACUAUUGCAGGAAUAUUCUCAGAUUUCUGAAGAUCCCUAAAGGGUGUCUGGCAGACCGUCAUCUGGCGGGAGCAGUGAAUGACCACAGCACUAACUCUCAGGCCCCUUGGCUGGGAUUUCAGGAAUCAGCUUCAGCUCAGAGGCCGACGGGAGCUGCCCUGUAGAGGUCCAUCUGCGUUCAGACUCAGAUGAUGCCAGAGCUAUGACCUGGCCUGCAGGCGUGGCGGCGACGGGAAGUCAACCAUGGAGCAGCCACCGGAGGAAGCCCCUGAGGUCCGGGAAGAGGAGGAGAAAGAAGAAGUGGCAGAGACCCAAGGAGCCCCUGAGCUCAAUGGAGGACCAGAGCACUCGCUUCCUUCCAGCAGUUGUACAGACCUCUCCCGGAGCUCCUCCCCGCCCUCACUGCUGGACCAGCUGCAGACGGGCUGUGAUGGCGCUUCGUGCGGCAGCCUCAACAUGGAGUGCCGCGUGUGUGGGGACAAGGCAUCGGGCUUCCACUACGGCGUUCACGCAUGCGAGGGGUGCAAGGGCUUCUUCCGGCGGACGAUCCGCAUGAAGCUGGAAUAUGAGAAGUGUGAGCGGAGCUGCAAGAUCCAGAAGAAGAACCGCAAUAAGUGCCAGUACUGCCGCUUCCAGAAAUGCCUGGCGCUGGGCAUGUCGCACAAUGCCAUCCGCUUUGGCCGGAUGCCGGAGGCCGAGAAGAGAAAGCUGGUGGCGGGGCUGUCGGCGAGUGAGGGGAGCCAGCACAACCCACAGGUGGCUGACCUGAAGGCCUUCUCCAAGCACAUCUAUAACGCCUACCUGAAAAACUUCAACAUGACCAAAAAGAAGGCCCGCGGCAUCCUCACCGGCAAGACCAGCCACACGGCGGUGAGUGUCACCGCCCUGGCUCCAGGCCCCACGGCCGCCUGCUUAACUCCUGGGAGAACCAGACCCCUCUCUCCCCAGCUCCGCUGUCCAGCCAGGGGCCAUGGGGAGCACAUGGGCGGGGUCCCCGGCGCCCGGCCUCUAAUGGGGCCUGGUUUUCAGCCCUUUGUGAUCCACGACAUCGAGACCUUGUGGCAGGCAGAGAAGGGCCUGGUGUGGAAGCAGCUGGUGAACGGCCUGCCGCCCUACAAGGAGAUCAGCGUGCACGUCUUCUACCGCUGCCAGUGCACCACGGUGGAGACUGUGCGCGAGCUCACCGAGUUCGCCAAGAGCAUCCCCAGCUUCGGCAACCUCUUCCUCAACGACCAGGUGACCCUUCUCAAGUACGGUGUGCACGAGGCCAUCUUCGCCAUGCUGGCCUCCAUUGUCAACAAGGACGGGCUGCUGGUGGCCAACGGCACUGGUUUUGUCACCCGUGAGUUUCUGCGCAGCCUCCGCAAGCCCUUCAGUGAUAUCAUCGAGCCCAAGUUUGAGUUUGCUGUCAAGUUCAAUGCCCUGGAACUUGACGACAGUGACCUGGCUCUCUUCAUCGCGGCCAUCAUUCUGUGUGGAGACCGGCCAGGCCUUAUGAACGUGUCACAGGUGGAGGCCAUCCAGGACACCAUCCUGCGUGCCCUCGAGUUCCACCUGCACGCCAACCACCCCGACGCCCAGUACCUCUUCCCCAAGCUGCUGCAGAAGAUGGCUGACCUGCGGCAGCUGGUCACCGAGCACGCCCAGAUGAUGCAGCGGAUCAAGAAGACAGAGACGGAGACCUCGCUGCACCCCCUGCUCCAGGAGAUCUACAAGGACAUGUACUGAAGGGCUCACCCAGGCCCCCCAGCAGGCCUCUGGGAGCCGAGAGCCAGGGCCAGGCGGACAGCGCUGGGACGGGGCCACCAUGGGACUUUCCUGUUGGCUGCCCCCCAGGGCUCAACCAGUGCUGCCCCCCGGGGCAGCGGGGUCACACUCACGUGAACAGACCCACACCUCACUCCCCGAUAUCCCUUCCUCCCUCUCCCUCUUCCUCAGUUCCUCUUUCUUCUCUAAUGUCUUUGCUCUUUCUUCCCAUGGCUUUCCCUUUUCCUUCCUCCCUCACCCUCCCUUUCUCCCUGUUCCCGUGUGUGCCUCUUUCUCUUUCUUUGAGACAGUUUGUGUCAUUUCACCAGCAGCACAGAACAGGACCUCCGCUUCCACCCCUGCCCCUGGUGCGAAGGGAGCGGGGCCUGCCCUCUGCACCGACCGGCUCCUGCAGGGGUAGGGGCCUCGUGCUGCUCCGUCUGCACUGCAAGGACUUGAGCCAUUCAGAGAAACACUAAGCCCUGGGCCCAGCUUCCUGGGGAAGCUGCACAGCACCUGGGCUGACUCAGCAGUGGCCCCCUCGUCACGGGGCCCCUGCCCUGAAGGCCAGGAUGCCUCCCUGAGACGUCUGCCCUCCCAAGGCUGAGGCUGGCACCCCCUGACCCCUCCGGCCCCACUCACACCAACACGCUUUUUGUUCUUUUCACCUGUCUUCCAGGCCAGUGUUGCCGAUGGCCCCUGCGCUGGCUGCUGGGGGACCAGCCCCCAGCCUGGAAGGAGGUGGGUUCCCUGCAGGCGGGAGCCCCCAUGAAGAGGCGCGAGUCUCAAGGGAGUUAGAGGUUGGUGGGGAAGCAGUGAGCAGGCCUCUCAGGGUUGGCCCUCCAUCAGCACUCACCCGCCCACCAGUCUGCAGCAGCCUCAACCUGCCUGUUAGCGCCCUGGCCGUCACCUCCCUCCCCCGGGGCCAGGCCUGGCUUCACGUACAACGGUUCCUCUGUCCAGGCAGGAGAUGCUCAUGCCUCACACACUCCUGGAGCCGCCACUCAAGCACAAGCACUGAAUUCACUUUAUCUGCAGCCUCGCCCCCGCCCCCAGGCAGGUGUGCCCCGAGGGACCUGUAGGUCGGCAGGCAGAGCUUUGCCCAUUCCCAGGGCUGGGCCAGAUCUCUGGUCUGCAGUGGUGUCCUGUGAGUCAGCCCAGCACCUACUCACAGGGGAAGGUGCCAGGGAUGAACUGAGCCUAUUUAUUGAGACAUCCGUCUGUCCCAGCAGCUCUGCUGCCCUCCCUUUCCAGGUAUUCAUCCCAGCUGGUCACCUGGAACCCUCCCUGCACAGCCCCUAGUGACAGGGUCCUCUGGUUCCUGCCCCUCCUGACCCCUUCCGGGUGCCCUCCGUGCUGCAGACAAGGGGCUGAAGGUGCUGUCUGAGCGGGAGGGUGGCCGGGCCGCCUUUGCAGAGAGGGGGCGGGGCUGGCUGGAGCAGGGAGGGACUGACUAGGGUCUCUCUGAGAACCUGGGGUUAGAGCCCAGGUUUCCAGGUCCUGUGAUCCUCCUUUGAAAGGGGUCUUUCUGUCUGACUACAGCCUUAGGGGCAAAUGCCCUAGAGAGAGGACAAGCCCCAGGUCUGUCUCUGCUGGUGUGGUGGCCCUCCUGUCCCAGGAUCACUCCCUGCUGGCAAGAGUCUUCCCUCUCCCAUCCCCCCCACAGCUGACCAGGGGUGCGGGCCGGGGUCCCCUCCCACCUUAGUGCUGAGAGUACAGCUCUUCUCAGUGUCUGAACAAUCUCCAAAAUGGAAAUGUAUAUUUUUGCUAGGAGCCCUUGUUUCCUGUGUUUUUAAUAUAAAUAGUGUACACAGACUGGUGGAACUUUAAAUAAAUGGGAACUAAUUAUUUAA